UCGGUCCCUUACUGGAGCUAAUGAAGGCGACCAGUAGCUCCUCAAGGAAAACAUUAUAUAAUCUGUAGUUAGAAAACUGGAAAGAAUGGAGACAACUUUAUAUUGACAAGCAGUCAAAUUGAGGCCAAAAUUCUGAAAUUUCUCGCCAUGUAUAGCCCAGGCGCAGUGCACGUGUCCGCUUGGUUUCCCAGAUCUGUGCGCGUCACGCACGCGGCUGUUUUCCCCAUCCUUCCACUCCACCUCCGCAAGAACGGCGAGAGAGCGCACCCAAACCAGAGACACCUACGGCGGGUCGGCGGCCGACCCCGGGGCCGCGCCCAUCCCGACGUUUUCCCGAUUCUCCGGCUACCUCCUCCCUUAUCUCCUUGCGCGUGACGCGCCCACGACUCCUCGUCGUCCUCUUGUGAUCUGGUCCCCAUCUCGCUGCCGCCUCCUCCCGACUUACCAAACUCCAACACGCCAUGCGACCAUGCGCUCAUGCAUAGCAUAGAUAUAGCUGUAGCCAAGCUGCCCAAGCACGAGCACCACUCGUCUUCUCCGACCUUCCAGCUCUAGCUCUGAUCCGAGCCGAAACAGCCAUCCAAGACGCCCGCGGCCGCCGUGAGCGGGUGACCCUCUGCGCUGCGCUGCGUCACCACCCAAAUGGAUGACAUCGCCAGCGAGGCGCCCGUGGGGGCGUUCGCCAUCGGCCCAUCCACGGCGCUGGGCGGCGCCGUCGCGCUCCGGGUGCUGCUCUGCGGCUCCGCGGCGCGCCUGCGUCAUCGUCUAGCCGCGGCACUGCGCGCCGCGCUGCCCGUCGCGGCGGCGUGGCUGCACCCGCGCGACAACACGCGCGGGAUCCUGCUCGCCGUCUGCGCCGUCGCGCUCCUGCUGCGGGGCCGACGCGGCAGGGCGGGGCUGCGGGCGAGGGUGCAGUCCGCCUACCGCUGCAAGUUCUGGCGGAACAUGAUGCGCGCCGCGCUCACCUACGAGGAGUGGGCGCACGCGGCGCGGAUGCUGGAGCUCGAGGCCGCGCCGCGCCGCGCCAGCGACGCCGACCUCUACGACGAGGAGCUCGUCCGCAAUAAGCUCCGCGAGCUCAGGCACCGGCGCCAGGAGGGAUCGCUCAGGGACAUCGUCUUCUGCAUGCGUGCUGACCUGCUCAGGAACCUCGGCAAUAUGUGCAACCCUGAACUGCACAAGGGGAGGCUGCAGGUGCCUAGACUCAUAAAGGAAUACAUUGAGGAAGUAUCUACUCAACUGAAAAUGGUCUGUGAUUCUGAUUCAGAUGAGUUGCCUCUCGAAGAGAAACUCGCAUUUAUGCAUGAGACAAGACAUGCCUUUGGUAGAACAGCCUUGCUGCUAAGUGGAGGUGCUUCGUUAGGAUCCUUUCAUGUGGGUGUUGUUAAAACCUUGGUAGAACAUAAACUUCUGCCAAGGAUAGUUUCAGGAUCAAGUGUAGGCUCAAUAAUGUGUUCUAUAGUAGCAACAAGAUCAUGGCCUGAGCUGGAGAGCUUUUUUGAAGAGUGGCAUUCCCUGAAAUUUUUUGACCAGAUGGGUGGAAUCUUUCCUGUGGUUAAAAGAAUUUUGACGCAUGGCGCUCUUCAUGAUAUAAGGCACUUGCAGGUGCUUUUGAGAAACCUUACCAGCAAUCUGACAUUUCAAGAAGCUUAUGACAUUACUGGUCGGAUUCUUGUUGUCACUGUGUGUUCUCCAAGGAAGCAUGAGCCGCCUCGAUGCCUAAACUAUUUAACAUCACCUCAUGUUCUUAUCUGGAGUGCAGUAACAGCUUCCUGCGCUUUUCCUGGACUUUUUGAGGCCCAAGAAUUGAUGGCAAAAGAUAGAUUUGGUCAAACCAUUCCUUUCCAUGCUCCAUUCUUAUUAGGCAUGGAGGAACGAACUGUUGCUCCAACCCGCCGCUGGAGAGAUGGGAGCUUAGAAAGCGAUUUACCCAUGAAGCAAUUGAAGGAACUAUUCAAUGUGAAUCAUUUCAUAGUAAGUCAAGCCAAUCCUCACAUAGCUCCACUAUUGAGACUAAAGGAAAUCAUCAGGGCUUAUGGAGGCAGCUUUGCUGCCAAGCUUGCUGAACUUGCCGAGAUGGAAGUUAAACAUAGGUGUAAUCAAGUUCUGGAACUUGGAUUCCCUUUAGGAGGAUUAGCUAAACUAUUUGCUCAAGAUUGGGAAGGUGAUGUUACAGUUGUUAUGCCAGCCACUCUUGCACAGUAUUCCAAGAUGAUACAAAACCCGUCUUAUGCUGAGCUUCAGAAGGCUGCGAAUCAAGGUAGGAGAUGCACUUGGGAAAAGUUAUCAGCCAUCAGGGCAAAUUGUGCUAUUGAGCUUGCACUGGAUGAAUGUGUUGCCCUCCUGAACCACUUGCGUAGGCUAAAGAGGAGUGCAGAAAGAGCAUCCGCAUCGCAAGGAUAUGGUCCAGUAAUCAGGUUCUGCCCAUCUAGGAGGAUUCCAUCCUGGAAUCUCAUAGCGAGAGAAAAUUCAACUGGUUCUCUUGAUGAAGAAAUGCUCGCAUCUCCUCAUACAAAUCAUCAAGGACCUGGAGGAGUUGCUGGAACAUCUACCAGAAAUCAGUAUCUUCAGAGAAAUGCACACGAGAGCAGUGACAGUGAAUCUGAGAGUAUUGAUUUACACUCUUGGACAAGAAAUGGUGGCCCUCUUAUGAGGACAGCCUCAGCCAAUAAAUUCAUCAGCUUUGUUCAGAAUCUUGAGAUCGACACAGAAUUCAGAACAAUUCCAUCGAGGGAAAACCUAACUGAUCUUGUGACACCAAAUGCUGGUACCUUGGCAGCUCAUGCAGUGAGUAGAGAAGCAACCGAUAGGAGCUUGGACAUUUCAGCUUUAGAUAUCCAUGAUACCGCUACCCCUAGAUCGACAUUUGGCCGUUCAACAAGCAUCGUUGUUUCUGAAGGUGACUUGUUGCAGCCUGAAAAGAUUGAAAAUGGUAUUUUGUUUAAUGUUGUAAGGAGGGAUACUCUGCUGGAGUCUAGUAGCGGAGUUGAGUCUCAAGGAUCUCCUCGGGAACCAGAUGUUGAAACAGUGCAGACAGAGUGCCUUGAUGGCAUUUCAGCUUCCGAUGACGACGACAAGGAACUAAAUGUCAUUGUUGAUGAAGCAACCGAUCCCAUGAGCAGCAAUAAUCUACAAGAUCAGGGGUCCUCACUGGAAGAAAAUUCAUAUAGUCAUUUUCCCUUAAAUUCUGCAGACGAGACAAGCACAAACAAACCAGAAACUGCAUCUAUUUUUGAUAUAUGUACAGAGAUGCAUCCGGCGUCCAUUAGCCUACCGCAAGGAUCUUCAGAAAAGGCAGAACUCUGAAACAGCAAAGAUCCCUGACGACGAUUCAGCUGCUAUGAGUGAUGAAGUUGCCUCAUGUGCUGGUAACUAAAGAGUUGUCCUCCUCCCUCUAGCUUUGAGGCAUCAGAUGUAAGUGAUGUACUAUAAUCUAAGCAUCAUGAAUUGGAUGGUGAAGCUUUAUGUUGUUCAAGUUUCAGAAGAAGGAGAUCCAAUGGCUUUGGUUCUUCGAAUGUACUGUAGUUGUUUUGGGGAAAUAAAGCGCUUCUUAGAAAAACCCGGGAGAAGUUUUGCGCUUGGGAGCUCUCGAGCUUCUUUUUUUU